AGCGCUGAAAUUCAAAUUUGAACAGUUGUUUUGUUGUGCAGAGAGAAGUAGGAACCGAAAAAAGAGAAGAGAAGCUGAGAGCCGCACUACUUGCCUCACCUAAGUCCUAUUUUUGUACACCAAGUGUGUACAACACUUGUAAAAUACAAUAUUGAUUUGAUAUUGCUCGAUUCGGGACAAACUGUCUAAAAUGGAUCCGUUUACUGAGAAACUGUUGGAGCGGACCCGGGCUCGCAGAGAAAACCUGCAGAAAAAAAUGGCGGAGAGACCAAAUGCAGCAAACAGACAGAUGGUCAAGAGGCCCAGAGAGCCGCUGGCUGACACCAACAGUGUGAUGAGUGAGCCAGCCAUUGACAAAGUUCCACAGGUGUCAUCUAAGCCCUCGCCCUCCAAGCGCAGGUGCUCAGAGGAAAAUGUAGCCGGCGCGGAAAACCAGGAGCCAGCGACGACACGAAAUGGGGCUCCUAUGCUCUCCGAUCCUCCCACAAACAGGAAACCCCCGGUGGGCCCUGCCAGCGUUCGACCUUCCUCCUCCCUGGAAAAGACUGCUAACCGGCCUGUUGUCCAGUCUCAGCCAGGGCAGCAGAAAGUUCCAGAGCCAGAGAAGGUGGCUGUCACCCCUGCUCCUAAUCCUCCAAGCAGCAGAGAAGUAGAGGCAGUGCCUGCCAGCUCAGCCCUACAGAGUAACAAGGAGGAGCUGGUGGAAGACUCGGCUCCAUCUGCUGCUGGCAUGAAGUCCCGUCUGCAGAGGCUUGCACAACAGAGAAAGUAUUGGGAUGGAGAUGACACCCCUGAGGCAGUUCCAGACUGCACCCCCCUGUCCCUGAUGCAAAGGCAAGCUGAGGUCACACCAGCUGCCGUCCCCAUCGUUUCCUCGGGAGCUCCGGUUGGGAGGAGAGGCAGACUCGCCAACCUCGCUGCCACCAUCGGAUCCUGGGAAGACGACCUUAGCCAUGCUAAUAUUCCCAACGCGAAUGCAAGAGAGAAGCCCGCUGCAGCUGUUCCUAAGUUUGCAGUCCGAGAUGCUACUGUGGCUACCAGCACUAAACCAAGUGCUGCAGGCCAUGUGGCAGCCAGUUCAACUGCAAGCAGCAGGUCUACACCCAGCUCUCAGCAGGCUUUGUGUCCUCCAGCAAAGCCAGGCCGAGUGUUUGACCCUAGCACUCAGGACGCUGACAUUCCUGCAGCCAGACCAGCACUUAAGCCAGUAACCAGUCCCCAGAAGAGCUCCAUCCAGGGAACAGCCUUCCCCUCCAGUCCCCAAAAGAGCUCCAUCCAGGGAACAGCCUUACCCUCCAGUCCCCAGAGGAACACCAUCCAGGGAACAGCCUUACCCUCCAGUCCCCAGAAGAGCUCCAUCCAGGGAACAGCCUUCCCCUCCAGUCCCCAGAGGAACACCAUCCAGGGAACAGCCUUACCCUCCAGUCCCCAGAAGAGCACUAUCCAGGGAACAGCCUUCCCCUCCAGUCCCCAGAAGAGCUCCAUCCAGGGAACAGCCUUCCCCUCCAGUCCCCAGAAGAGCUCCAUCCAGGGAACAGCCUUCCCCUCCAGUCCACAGAAGAGCUCCAUCCAGGGAACAGCCUUCCCCUCCAGUCCCCAGAAGGCCGGCCCCUCCUCCUUAGCAUCAGUUCCUCAAAGCCCCAUGAAAAGUCAGGCCCUCUCCAGGGGUCUCAUCUCCACCUCCAGCCCUCAGAAGCCAGAACUCCGUGCCAGGCCCACCACUGCCGGCCCCUCUGGUCCUCAGGAAAUUGUCGCUGCUGGAGCACCUGGAGUAAAAUCUUUUCUGGAGCGUUUUGGUGAGCGGUGCCAGGAGCGUACCAACCAGAGCUCCCCAGCAGGGGGCACGCCCCAUGCCAAGAGUCCCACUGUAACUCCAUCAGCAGUCACACCAACCACCCGGCUGCUACAGGAGAGGCUCCGAGCUGCCCAGGCUGCAAGCACAACCACCGCGGAUCUCGCCCAAAGACAUAAGCUGGAGCGUGAGUCUGAGCUGGCUCAGAUUCGCAGUCGCUUCCAGAAGGGGAGCAAUAUGUGGAAGAACAAAGAUGAAGCGGCACAAACCCACAAAAAUGCAAACGUCAAGGAACAGCUUGACAAGCCAGUGGAGGCUGAAGUUGCCCCAUGUGAACCCCAGAAUGAACGUGCAGCUCCCUCUACUGAGAGUACAGAUACACCCAAAAAGUGCACUCCUCCAGCAGGUCAUGGGUUGAUGGUCUCGCCUCCAACCUCAACAUCCAGUCCUCUGAGGGUGCUCAGCCAUACUGGAGAGAAAACAAGUUAUGAAACUCCAGAAGAAGAAGAAGAGGUGGUCAAAGAGAAAGAGAUGAACGUAGACCAGUCCAUCAACUCUGCAAUUAUCAACGAGCUGUUUGAUGGCGCCCUGGAGCAGAGUGAUGAUUAUGAUGAUGAAGAGGAGGAAGAUGCUUUAAAUAUCUCCUCCAUGUCGCUCCUCACUCCACUAGCAGAGACUGUGGCUGCUGUGGUGAAAAGUCCAGAAAGAAGAAUGAUGACAUCGACUCCGGCCACCUCAUUCAUCGUGGAGAGCAACACUCUGGAUAAGGUUUCCAAACCAAGCAAGUUCCAGAGAGCCAACGUGAUGAGGGGUGCAUCUUCAGACAGCGUUGAGGCCUUUGGCGAGGACCCCAAAUUGCCUUAUAGCAUUGAUGCAUAUAGGUCCACCAGGGUGAAAGAGACAGAGAAACCCAACCUGAAACAGGUGAUUGUGAGAAAAGAGGACGUUUCUAACAGAGUGGAGGAACCCAGAGGAGCAAGUCUCUUUAGCAUCAAACAGAAGAUGAAGAUUCUGACAAAUGAGCUGAACCUGCAACAGACGGUCAUUCAUCAGGCCAGUCAGGCACUCAACUGCUGCACAGAUGAAGAGCACGGCAAGGGGUCCCAGGUGGAGGCUGAGGCAGAGAGGCUGCUGCUGGUGGCAACGGAGAAGAGGGAAGCGUUGAAAGCGGAGCUGGACCGCCUGAAAGGAGACCCAACAGGCCAGAAAAAGGCCUCUGUGGCCCCAGAACCUAUGAGCAUGGCGGCCUCCAAGGGCUCCGUCACCCUGCAGGAGCUGCGCCUGCCUCUCAAGGCAGACUUUGUUUGCUCCAUUGCCAACAAGCCAGAGUCCACCAAACAUUCGUUCUUCGUAAUGAUCCGGGCUGGAGCAGAGAACACGGUGGCCACGCCAUUAGCCAGCACACACCGCGGCCUCAGUGGGGACACGCUGGCUUUCCCCACCAAGUUCACCAUAUCGGAUGUGUCCAGUGACUUUGGAAUUGAUAUAGAGGUCUAUUGCUUGGUGCAGAAACGUGAUGCCUGCAGUGACAAGAAGAAGAAACCAAGCAAGUCAAAGAGUUUAUGGAGACAGGUUCACGAGGCCCAAGAUUUGUGUAUGUCGGCUAUCACUCCAAAGAGAUUCCUCGCCAUCACUAAAAGUGGCCAGACACCAGUUGUGGCCAGUCCCGGAGGCCCCAACGCUGUUCGCACCAGUAACUUCAUCCUGGUCGGAUCACACAAGCUCACCCUGUCCUCGAUCGGGAAAAACAAAUUUCCUUUGGAUAAGAUCAAAUAUGAAGCAAGGGAAAGAGAACUACUCAGUGACAUGUUUUCUACCAAGGUGCCGUUCCUGUGCCCUCUGGAGGGCCACGUCUACCUCACCAUGCAGUGUGAAGUUGGCUCAAAGGUGGAGGAAAAGGGCUUCCUGACGAUGUUUGAAGAUGUGAGUGGAUUUGGAGCGUGGCACCGGCGGUGGUGUGUCCUGUCGGGGUACUGCAUCUCCUACUGGACCUACCCAGAUGAUGAGAAGCGCAAGAAUCCCAUUGGUCGCAUCAACCUGGCUAACUGCACCAGUAAGAAGGUGGAACCAGCCAACAGAGAGUUUUGUGCCAGACCCAACACGUUUGAGCUGAUCACAGUCCGGCCACAGAGAGAGGAUGACAAAGAAACUCUAGUCAGCCAGUGCAAGAACACCAUGUGUGUCACCAAAAACUGGCUGAGUGCAGACACAAAGGACGAGAGGAAUCUGUGGAUGAAGAAAGUGAACCAGAUUGUGGUGGAUCUGCGAAUGUGGCAACCAGACGCCUCCUACAGGCCGCUGUAAUUACUGCACUCUGCCACAACCAGCCCUUCUGUCCUUUGGCCUGGCAAUACCGGGGACACAUGGCAAAUACUAAGUGCAAUACCGUGUAAGAAUUGUAAAAAUAUUUUUGACUUGUGGGUAUUUUCCAGGAGAUUAGUAAGGAAACACGUUAGUGUUUAAGUUAAAGAUCAGACGAAAGUAAAUAAAGCCAUACAUUUGAAACAUUUCAGGACAGUAUUUUGUGUAGGAGUCGGGGUUUGGCUCUGUUUUUAUACACUUCUAGACUGGUUUGAUACUCGAGGUAUUUUAGAGGUUUUUUUAUGUUAAUGCCAAUAUCAAGUAUUCUUGACACAGUGCAUGGCUUUAAAUGAUUUGGUUUUAAAGCUAAAAUCAAAAUAUAUAUAUAGGUUGGAAUUACAGAGAAAUACUCGUUUAAGGCACCAGAGUUUUAUCGCAUGUUAUCCUGCUUGACAGCACAGAAGAACACUGAAAAGGUUUUAUUUUAUAUAUAUUAGCUUUUAUAACUUGCGGCAGGACUUUCACACCUUUUCUUUAUUUUACACAGAUUUUCAACACCAGUUAUACCCCAGCUUUUAUUCUUUUUGAAAUGUUUGUUUAGUGUUGUGUAUUGUUUGUUGUUCUGUAAAUGUUAGUGUGGAAGUUUUGGAUAAGUGGGGGGGGGUGUAAGGUCUGUUACAUAUUCUGUGCUAUAACCUGACCAAACACUCAUUUCUAUGAGAAUGCAAAAGAAAGAUUGCUUGAUAGGGGUUCCAUUUUGGAUGUAACGGGUGUAAACAAAGGAUUUACACAUCUGAACGUUUUACAGUGUAAAACCCAGUAGCCAGUACUCUCUGGUGGACAAACUGCAGUACAGCAACACUGCUUGUACAUGACUUAUAACACAUCCUACUGCAGUACAAUACGGGAUCAGCCGAGUAUGUAACAGACUUCACAGUGACCCUGCAGGGUGUUGGUAAAUGUCAUUUUUCAUCAUGUUGGUAAUGAAUACAAACGACAGCAGAUGUACUGUUUACACAUAACCUUCUCUACACAUGAUGUCAUCAUGAAGCAUGCGAGUGAGUGUUAAUCUGUUAGUGCUGUCACCAGAGAGUUUAACAGCUAUUUGUACAUCUAUCAAUAAAUGCCUGCAAAAUGGACCAGGUUA